GCAGCAGCAGAAGAAAGGCGAAGCAGCUGCAGCCCCGGCUCCCCAGCAGCGCGCUCCAGCCAGGGGAGGCGUAACAAAGGCAGCGGAGCCGCUUUCUGCGGCAACUACUGCGAUUAGAGCCGGGUGGUCACCGGGGGGGGAGGGGGGGACCUGCCGCUCUUUGGCCGCUUCCCAUUGCCAGCCGCCGCCUUCCCUCCGCGCCCCGCCGGCAGGUCUGAGGGAGAAGGUGCUCGCCAGGCUGCGGAGAACAGGUUGAACUUGAAGAUGUCCUUUGGGAGAGACAUGGAGCUGGAGCACUUUGAUGAGCGUGACAAAGCGCAGCGGUAUGGCAGAGGGUCCCGGGUAAAUGGUUUGCCCAGCCCUACUCACAGUGCCCACUGCAGCUUUUACCGAACCCGCACUCUACAGACCCUGAGUUCUGAGAAGAAAGCCAAGAAAGUUCGGUUCUAUCGUAACGGGGACCGAUAUUUCAAAGGGAUUGUUUAUGCCAUCUCCCCUGACCGGUUUAGAUCCUUUGAAGCUCUCCUGGCUGAUCUGACCCGAACUCUGUCUGACAAUGUGAACCUGCCCCAGGGAGUCAGAACAAUCUAUACGAUUGAUGGCUCCAAGAAGAUUUCCUCCUUGGACCAGCUAGUGGAAGGGGAAAGCUAUGUGUGUGGUUCCAUAGAACCCUUCAAGAAACUGGAGUACACGAAGAAUGUAAACCCAAACUGGUCAGUGAAUGUGAAGACAACUUCUACUUCUCGUUCAGUGCCGUCUCUUGCCACUGCUAAAGGAGGCACUCCAGAUGCAAAAGAGAAUAAGGAUUUCAUUAGGCCUAAACUAGUCACCAUCAUCAGGAGUGGAGUGAAACCACGGAAAGCAGUCCGGAUUCUGCUCAACAAGAAGACAGCACAUUCAUUUGAACAGGUUCUUACUGAUAUCACUGAUGCCAUCAAGCUGGAUUCUGGGGUGGUUAAACGCUUAUACACUCUAGAUGGAAAACAGGUGAUGUGCCUUCAGGAUUUCUUUGGCGAUGAUGACAUUUUUAUUGCAUGUGGACCAGAAAAGUUCCGUUACCAGGAUGAUUUCUUGCUGGAUGAAAGUGAAUGUCGGGUGGUGAAAUCCACUUCCUAUACCAAAAUAGCUUCAACUUCACGUAGGAGCACCACCAAGAGCCCAGGCCCAUCCCGACGCAGCAAGUCUCCUGCUUCUACCAGCUCAGUGAAUGGAACCCCUGGUAGCCAGCUUUCUACUCCCCGCUCUGGGAAGUCUCCAAGCCCAUCUCCCACCAGCCCAGGAAGCCUACGGAAACAGAGGAGCUCCCAACACAGUGGCUCCUCUACCUCAUUAGCAUCCACCAAAGUUUGCAGCUCUAUGGACGAAAAUGAUGGACCUGCAGAAGAAGUGUUGGAGGAAGGUUUCCAGGUUCCAGCAUCGAUAGCAGAGCGAUAUAAAGUUGGAAGGACUAUAGGAGAUGGAAAUUUUGCUAUUGUGAAGGAGUGUAUAGAAAGAUCAACUGGUAGAGAAUACGCUCUGAAAAUAAUAAAAAAAAGUAAAUGUAGAGGAAAAGAACACAUGAUCCAGAAUGAGGUAUCUAUUUUAAGACGAGUCAAGCAUCCCAAUAUUGUACUUCUGAUUGAGGAGAUGGAUAUGCCAACUGAGUUAUACCUUGUCAUGGAACUUGUAAAGGGGGGAGAUCUUUUCGAUGCUAUUACUUCCACCAACAAAUACACAGAGCGGGAUGCAAGUGGGAUGCUGUACAACCUGGCCAGUGCCAUCAAAUAUCUUCACAGCCUGAACAUUGUCCACAGGGAUAUCAAGCCAGAAAAUCUCCUGGUUUAUGAACACCAAGAUGGAAGCAAGUCCCUGAAGCUGGGAGACUUUGGCCUAGCAACAAUUGUGGAUGGACCUUUAUAUACUGUCUGUGGGACCCCAACAUAUGUAGCUCCAGAAAUCAUUGCUGAAACUGGAUAUGGCUUGAAGGUGGACAUCUGGGCAGCGGGUGUCAUUACUUACAUCCUGCUCUGUGGUUUCCCUCCAUUCCGUGGAAGUGGGGAUGACCAAGAAGUACUUUUUGAUCAGAUUUUGAUGGGACAGGUGGAUUUUCCAUCUCCAUACUGGGACAAUAUUUCUGACUCUGCAAAGGAACUUAUCACAAUGAUGCUUCAAGUAGAUGUAGAUCUGCGAUUCUCAGCCUUGCAAGUUCUUGAGCACCCAUGGGUUAAUGAUGAUGGCCUUCCAGAGAAUGAACAUCAGCUCUCAGUAGCUGGGAAGAUCAAGAAGCAUUUCAACACAGGCCCUAAGCCGAACAGCACAGCAGCUGGAGUUUCUGUCAUAGCACUGGACCACGGGUUUACCAUCAAGAGAUCAGGGUCUUUGGACUACUACCAACAACCAGGAAUGUAUUGGAUAAGACCACCGCUCUUGAUAAGGAGAGGCAGGUUUUCCGACGAAGACGCCACCAGGAUGUGAGGGGACAUUAUAAGGCACAGCAAGCUCCACCUGAACUCAACUCCGAAUCGGAAGACUAUUCACCAAGUUCAUCCGAGACUGUUCG